UCUUUUUCCACUUUGACAGUCAAAACCCGACGCAAACAGCUGUUGUCACCGUACACUGUUACUAGAUGAACAAUUUGACUGUCACAAAAGUGUCAUCUCUAGCUGCGACCGCACAGGAUUGUGGUUACGGCACAAGUUUUACGUUGUUUGGUUUUCAGUUUGAAUGAAACAUGUCUUUUCUACGUUACUUGCGUAAAAUAAAUACACAACUUCAGCUCCCAACACGAUUGGAACGUCAGUUUUCAAAUGCAGGAACAAAGAGCGCCAUACUACAAUAUGAAAAAGAUCCACAGCCACAGUUCACGGAUACGGAAACCCAGCGACUUCUGCAGUCCAUGACACAAAUGCAGCUGGACAAGGUAUUUCGCAAACGUACCGUACCCGACAACGACAAUGAGAUAAAAUUCAUGACCACAGAACAGCUAGAAAAUGAAUUUGUUAAAAUGAUUGAGAAAGCGAAGCACCAACUGCAAAUGCCUCCGGUUGUAAAAGUUAAACAGGACACCGAACGCAUAAUUUCAAAGGACCCGGCGCUUAAGGACUUUCAGAACACAAAAUUCGUCUUUACCGAUAUAACCUAUGGACUGCGACAAUCGGAUCGCAAGGUGGUGGUGCGAGAUGUGGAUGGUACGCUUUCGUACGCCCCACUCGAAACCCAGAAGCGGAUGAACCAAUUAUACUUUCCUUUAAAAGGGCGCACGUUUCACACGCCGCGCAUGUUCUCCGAACAGGAGUAUUUGCAACGAUGCUUAGACGACCACAAAUAUGAAUUUGUGCUCGAUCGUCUAACCGUUCAGUACGAACCCUACGAAUUGGAUUUCCACCAAAUUAGCGCCCAGGUAUUUCAACACCUCAACGAAUCCAAAGAAUUCGAUCAGCUACGUUCAACGCGCCAUUUUGGCCCCAUGGCUUUCUUCUACGCCUGGCAUCAUUGCAUAGACGAUCUGUUGUAUGACAUGAUCCGACGUGAUUACCUGCAAAAUGCCGUCGAACUCAUUGCCCUGAGCUACAAGUUGCAUAACGUGCCUGUGGAAUUCCGCAAAACCAUAAGCGAGCUAGAUGCCCUGCAACCUACUCCUGAAAAGCGCGCGCUCAACCAGCUCCUUAGCUCCCUCAAGAGUAAAGAAGAGCAUGAGGGUAUUCAACAGGAAAUUCAAACAGCUAUUGGCAAGGCGGAAUCUGAUUUUGCAGCCGAUGAGAUCAGUCUGAAGUUCAUCGAAGCAUACAUUGCCAGCGAGCAUGCAUUGAAGAAGGUGCAGUUGGAGCUGGCAGUGCAAACGCUGAAGGAGAUCAAUCUGGAGAAGCUACAGCUUUAUCAUGGAUUAAAAAAAGCACAUGGAAUGCACGCGUCUUAAGAACAUUUUCGUUAUAAUUAUUGUUAUAUAUUAAAUUAUAACAUAAAUCUUAUAAAAUAUCA